ACAGACUCACUAGGAUUGCUGGCUGUCGCCCUGUCAGGAGACCAGAAGCUCUGCUGGAUAUGCUGGAUAUUGAAACCGAGGCACUGGUUGAGGAGUCUGGACCAGAUUUUGCUUUCAUCAGUCAACGCAUGGAGUUCCUUCCCAGUUCACUCAAAGGGACUUUCUGCUGCUUUAAAGGAAAAUGGGGACGGGGCGACAAUAAAUCAGGAUAUUACCUCCAGAAUUUUUGGAAACUACCUCUUAAAGACUGACACGCUUACAGGGUCUUGUAUUCACUCUGUGACGUUUCCUAAAUUAAAGCGGAAAUAUCAAUUUCUUGCUAAGAUCAGUGGUCCAUCUCAGUUGGAGACUACACCGGUCUAGAGAUGACUGGAUCCCUGCAUAUUGGACUUAUACUUUUCUCGUUUGUGGUGGUAUGUGAGAGCGAACCAACACAUGCUGGACCAGACACAGAGGGGGAGUCACAUGGAAAAUCACCACUGGUCCAUUUGACUUCUCACUGGGCCUUCCAGCUGGCCAAUACCUCGCUGACCUUCUCCAGGGCCGACAGAUUUUGCAGAGGCCAGUUCAGCUCCCUUGCCACUCUUGAAGAGUCAGAGGACCAGGAGGGAGUCUUUGAGCUGCUUCAGAAUACUAGACCUCGUUUGCCUAUCUGGGUCAGGGAUCCAAGCAAAGCAGCCUCCAGGGCUGUGGCCCUUUCCAAACAGUAUGCAGAGUUCUCUGCUCUAAAUUUCCCAAAAGAAUCCCGCGAGGGCUUUGCUCGUGUCAACAUGUCCUUUCCCCCGCUGCCGUCUGUCAGUGUGUGUGUUCGGGUUCAGUGGAACCCAGAGUGGACUGAGGUGUCCACCAUCUUUUCCUACGCUGCGCCUAUCUUUACCAAUGAGUUCCAGCUAAGAGGCCAAGUGGAUGUGCAGGGACGCAUCCUCCUUGCGCUCAUCAUCCACGGGAAGCACCUGCCGUACAAGGCGUCCUUCCCCAAUGACGGAGCUUGGCAUCACAUAUGUGUCACAUGGCUCCGGAUCACUGGCCACUGGGCUAUCUAUGUGGAUGGAGACAGAAAGGACAUGGGCUCAGGCACAGACUCUCCCAGGAAUAUCUAUGGGGAUGGUAUAUUUAUACUGGGUCAGGACCAAGAUUCAUUCGGAGGAAAUUUCACCGAGCCUUUUUUUGGAAAUAUCACAGACCUGAAUGUUUGGAAUAUUUCUCUGGAAACAAGGCAUAUCCAGGCUCUCAAUGCAUGUUCACCCAUGACCCCGGAAGUGCUCUUCAGUUGGAAUCUUGCCGACCUAAGCAGCCACCCAACGGUUAAAGAGGUUCAGGUUCUUCUUUUUUGCCCAGCAGUGCACCAGCAGAUGGAGCUGCAUGGCUGCAGGACGCUUCGGGGAUGGUCACAGCAGCUCCCACUGUUCAGCUGGACAGAAUGCUCUGACCCGCUGCUGUUCAUCUGCAGGAGCAGAAGAGAGCGUUACCUGAAGAUGAAGCAGAUGACAGACUCUCAGAACUCCGGGCCCACGGCUUUUAUGAACCAUCUGAUGAAGCUUUCCAACAAAACCCAGGCAGCGCUGGUGCAGCAGCCGUCAGGCCUGAGCAGUCUGGCCGAGGCCUCCGCCCUGCUGGACCUCUCUGCUCAGGCCUUGGAGGACACACAACAGGAAGCACUGGAGCCGACAGACAUGGUUUCCAUCAUCCAGCUGCUGUCUCUGGCUGCUGACGUCCCGGCUCAGCCAGGCACAGAAGCCACCGACCACAGCCGGGACGUGGCCCAGGAGCUCAGCCAGCACUUCAUCAGCGUGGCUGACAGGAUCUUCGGUGGAGACAACGCCCUGAAGUGGGAGGCCAUCAAAGAGGUGGUGAACGGCCCCAUGGAUGUAGUCAAGAGUAUCGACCGGAUGGUGACGUGCCUUAGCCCUCGCUUGAUGGUAGAGACUGAUCACCUGAUCAUUCACAGACCCAACAUCAAAGUGGAGGUGCAGCAGCAGACGCUGCAAGGAGGAUCCAGAGGGUUUAGCUUCUGUGGCCCUGAGACCUCCAAACUAGACUGCAUUUCAGUCCCACAUCAGAAGAUACAGGCUCUCCAUGACAACGGCUUCGUUAAGCUCACACUGGUCAACACGUGGUACGGUUCUCUGUGGCCUCUUUUCAAUCCGGAGGAGAACAUCACCAUGGUUCCUACCGUCACUGAUGGCAGCCAGAGGUAUUUGGGCACUGUGCUGGGCUCUUCUGUCAUAUCCACCACAGUGAUGGGAGACAACCAGCCGGUUAGCACAGCGGUGCGCUUCCAACUCCAACACAGAGUACAGAAUCCCACUGGUACUGUCUAUGAUCCAGUCUGUGCCUUCUGGGAUUUUGAUCUCACUCCAGAGGCUGGUGGGUGGUGGAAUACCAAAGGUUGUGAUGUAGUGUCCAAACAGUAUGGAUACACUGUUUGCUCAUGCAACCACACCACCAAUUUUGCAUUGCUACUGCAGGUUUAUGAAGCCCAGAGGAGCCCAGAGAACGAAAAAGCUCUACAGGUGCUGACGUUCAUCGGCUGUGGAGUGUCUCUGUGUGGCCUCCUCUUCACCUUCAUCCUCUUCAUCGCUGUGGGUAUCCCAAAAUCAGACCGUACCACUGUCCAUAAGAACCUGAUCGUUGCUCUGGCCAUUGCUGAGCUGCUUUUGAUGUGCAGCGACUGGGCAUCUGCCAAUGAGGCAGCAUGCUUCGUGGUGACGGCACUACUCCACCUCUUCUUCAUGGCCUCCUUCUCCUGGAUGUUGGUGGAGGGCCUGCUGCUCUGGAGCAAAGUUGUCACAGUCAACAUCAGCGAGGACCGCAGGAUGACGCUCUACUACAUCAUCGGCUGGGGACUUCCUGUUCUAAUAGUUGGUAUAACACUGACAGUAUCAGUGGAAGAGUACAAGGCAGAUGAUCACUGCUGGCUCAAUGUGAAGACUGACACCAUCUGGGCCUUUGUGGGACCUGUUGUCUUUGUCUUGGUGGUCAAUACAGUCGUGCUAUGUCGAGUUGUCAUGGUGACGGUUUCCAGCGCUCGUCGUCGUGCGAAGAUGCUCAGUCCAAGCUCGGCGUCAAAGAUACAGAUCUUUGACCUCACCUGGGCUGUGACCCGUCCAGUUCUCAUCUUGCUGCCAGUUCUGGGUUUGACCUGGCUGUGUGGAGUGCUGGUCCAUCUGUCGGUAGUACUCGCCUAUAUCUUCAUCACUCUCAAUGCACUCCAGGGCCUGUAUAUCUUCUUAGUGUAUGCUGUCUACAACAGUGAGGUGAGGAAUGCCAUAAAGAGGAUCAAAGAAAAGAGAAAGGCCUUAUCUUUCACGAACUGUUCCCAGCCAACCAGCUUCUUACCUUCCCAGAGGGCUCCCGUGACUUCCUGGGGCCGCAGUCCACCAACCCCCUCCAGCCCCGAAACUAGUGAGACCUCUGGACCCGCGAGCUCCACCUACACAUCGUUGGUCAUCAAAAACGAGAGCUUCAGCAAGGAAAGCUUUGUGAGUUUCUCUUUAAAACCGGCAUCAGAAAAUCAAGUGGUCCAGCUGACUGGGUUUAAGCCGUCAGGUUGUUGAACUGCCAAUGGAGUGGAUCCUGAUACUCAGUAACAACAAGCGUGCACUACGAUGGGCACACAUGUCGAUCCCGUCCGAGGAAGUGCACCGUCUGCCAGCACACACACACAAGUACACACACUCUGCAGGGAGGAUGAGUGUGGAGUAAAGUAAGCAUGUAGGCAGGAUGAAGAAAAGCAAAAUGACAAACAUAAAUGUUUUAGGAGAUGGUGCUGACUCACUGGCAGCCAUAUUUGAUAAAAAGUCUAUAGUUUUUGUUCAUCCUCAACUUUGGACUAGAUACAGUAGACGUAAAUGGAUUUUUUUUUCAUGGGAUUCAUCAUAUACAGUGUGAAAAAUUACAUGUUUAUAACUUGUUUAUAGCUCGAAAAAAUGUUCCUGGAAACAAUUGUUGCUGACUUUUCAGCGUGAAUUUAAUACUUUUCAUCUGCAUUGUCGGGGAAACCUAAGUUAACCGCAACGCUUCCUUUACUUUAUAAACAAGGGUUGUACAAUGCUUCUUAAAGUAGUCUUACAAGUCCACGGAACAACUAUUUUUAUGUUUGACAGAUAUUACUGCUUCUCUUCUGUCCUAAUGUUUCCUCAAAUGUUCAAUGGGGACAUUUUGGUGCCUUUGUUGGGCUUGUACUGUAAAUAGAUUGACCUGCCAAGAAUCCUGUUGCAGUUACUGAUGUAUAUAUUAAAAAACGCAUCCCAAUCAUUGGUCACUGUUACUGUAUUUGCUGUAAUUGCUGGAAAUGUGUUAUCUCUGUUCACGCGUACUGCCGUUUCUUUUGGUGGAUAAGAUAAUUCUUAAGAUAAUUAAUAUCUUUCAUUAUAAUGCAAUUAAUCUUAUUGAUUAAAAAUACAUAUUAUUACUAAUUUGUUCUUCAAAUGAAGAUAAAUAGUACUUUGCAAAUACCCAAUCAAAUUGCAGCGGGGCUACAGGUAUUAAGCCCCACACCGCUGUCAUUGGCAACAGCAGCUUAUGUUCUUUAGUUUGCCUUCACUUGUGAGUCCAAAUUAAUUUCCCUCCAAAGAGUUUUGUUCCACCAUGAAAUGUAAUCAGUGCGUAUGAAUGAAAAAAAAUAUCCUCUUAUCAGGUGUGAUAAAACCAUUUUAGACCUUACAGAUGUCAGUCUCAACGACUAUACUGUCCAUCUGACGGUACAUUAAAUGGUGAUUACUUUUGAGUAUUAUUUUUUAAACUGAAUGUAAUGUUUUAGAGUGUAACUGAUAUUGUUCAUGUAUGUGUUAAGUUAAGUCCAAGGAGGCUAACAACAGCCACACGAUGACCGAGGAGACUUCUACUCAUGAUCUAUGUCUCGUUUGUGCACAACUAAUAAAUGUUGUGAAAUAAUA